UGCUUCCUCCUCCCACUCUCAGUCUCCACCUCAAUUUCUUUUUUACAUAUCAGUCACAUACAGACUUUGGCUCAACCGUCUCCAUAGAGCUCUGAACCUAAAGUCUUCUGGAGCCAAUCUGGCUGAUUUGUCCGGACACGUACAGUAGAGUUCAAGCAAACGUUGACCUGCUCUUUGUUGCUGCUCCGAUUCUCCUUGAAUGCAUGCGCCCACUCAGUGGCCAAUGUGACGGUCAGCCAUCAUGGAAGAACGAAGUCAGAUCAACCUGACCUACAUCACCGAGCGCAUCAUCACCAUAUUCUGUCCUCGUGGGUUUCCAGAGGAUGUUUACCUUCACAACCUGCAGGAGGUCAUUCCCAUGCUGCAGUCCAAGCAUGGAUACAACUACAUGCUCAUCAACCUUUCCCAGAGGCAUGAUACGCUCACUCAGAUGAACCACAAGGUUCUGGAGACAGGUUGGCUGGAUCCUUUGGUUACUGGUCUGGACCAGAUUUUGUACGUGUGCAGAGAGAUGGAGAACUGGUUACAGGCUGAUCCGAAGCAUGUCCUGGUGUUGCACUGCAGGGGAGGAAAAGGCCUUCUGGGAGUUCUGGUGGCUUCUUAUAUUCACUUCAGCAACAUGUCAGCAAGUGCAGACCUCUCUCUUGACCAUUUUGCCAUGAGGAGGUUCUACAAAGACAAGCUGUCCACUGAGAUGACGCCCUCGCAGAAACGGUACGCAUGGACGCUGGGCAGUGUUCUAAAGGGGGGACUGAAGAUGCGCUUCUCACCGUGUUUCCUCCUCUGUGUGGUUCUUCACGGCCUCCCCAAAAUACACCCUGAUGGAGGGUGCUGCCUCUUUCUGAGGGUCUAUCAAAGUCUCCAAGCUGUUUGCACAUCACCAGUCUACCACGCUAAUGCUGCUCAGACGGACCGGCUCUACUUUGUGCUUCAGCCGGCUCAGCUGCUCAACGGUGACAUCACAGUGGUUUCUUAUAAUAAAAGCAGCUGGUCAGGGAGUCGGCAGGUCGUCUUCCGUCUUCAGUUUCACACAGGAAUCACAGCCGGACACACCCUCUCUUUCUCCAAGGCGGACCUUGACUGCGCCUGUGAAGAUUCUUUGUUCCCAGAUGAUGGAAAGCUGGAGCUGCUGUUCUCUGAAAGUCCAGAAAGAUUUGCAGGAAGAGAACUGUGGCACAACGGACCAACGGUGACCGUGGACUAUGACACCUUGGACCCCUUGGUCAGACGCGACUCGUAUCAGGACAUGUCUGGUCUUCAAACAGCUUCUCCCCACUUCCCAGAACCUGGAAAUGGAAGCUUGCGCCGGCGACUGAGGAAUAAGAGUAGAGAGGAAGGAGCUUUCCAGUCGUCGGGCCCCAACAGUCCCGGCCGCAGUGACCGAGCUCCCUCAGCUAGCAGCGACUCGGGUCUGUCUGUAGCCUCGCAGGGGCUAAGUGGAGCCCAACAUAGAGGCGAGUCCACACCGGACAAGGGGACCCGUGGAGGGAAGCUGAUCUUCAGGGCAGACCCGGACCCUGCACAGGCUCUCAUGGAGGUCAUGGCACAGCUAGCUUUAUCCAGUGGAGCAGAGGCAGGCGUGGCCAUUAACGGAAAGUCUCCAAGUGAGAGAGAGACGGAUAUAUUGGAUGAUGAGGACGAAGCAGAACAUGCUGUGGACGGGCCAAGCUCCAGCAGCGGUUGUUCCCUCUCAUCCAAAACGCUAACCGAGAACUCUACCGGUCGUUGGGUACGUCAACACCAGGCACCGGGUACCAGCAAUAGCUUCCUCUCAAAGGAUAAAGAAAGAACAACAAAGACCAACAAUCAACGGCCUCCACAUCUGCUCGCCCCUCACACUCCUCCUCGAGGACUCAGCAGCAGGGAGGUAGUGCACACAGUGCUAGUGGAUGGGGUCAGCAAACAAACUGGCAAAGAUCAUACACUCACCACCACACUGGAUCAAGAAGAAGAGUUGGCAGCUCUAACUUCAGAUGUCGAUGAGUCCAUAGAGCAGCUGAAUCAGCUGAUUUUGGACUUGGAUCCGACUUUUGUUCCUGUCCCUACCUCCCUGUCCCCCUUGUCACGCACCACCUCCCUACAGACCAACGGUCUCAGCCACAAAGGAAGUAGCCACCGAUCAGGAUGGAGGCAACAAAAGCAGAUCACUGAUGUGACCGACUACGCUGGGCCGCACAGUCCAGGAUGGAGCCCUGGAGCUCAGAGCUUUAGAGGUUCUUCAGCCAACAAUCUUCCCUUCUCACCGUCACAGUAUGGGCGACUCCACAAAACCAGCAGUGUGGACUACAAUGGCCAAAUGGACACAUCUGACCUGGUCCCUCCUACUCCAGCCUUCCCAGUGACUCCUCCAACGCCCUACGUGAAACAUUUCUCAGAGGCUUCCCAGCUCAGAACUGGUGGGCAGUGGGACCACAGCUGGACACAAGAACCCCGGAGUUUCCUGGACAGUAUGAGUGGAGGCGGAUCCACAGAUGGAGAGCUGUUCAGGUCAGAUGUCACCUCUGCUUCCUGUCAGAAGAUCUUCGGCUCCAUGUGCUCAGUGUCAUCCGGCAGCCCCCUCCCACACACCGACAGUUCCACUCCUCCUCCUGUGUGGCACGACCGGACUCCGAGCUCCCUGAACUCCCCAUAUCCUCCUCAGCCCUCACCCCCCCACACCAUCCUCACUCCAAACGCCCACAGCUCUCCUCUGGACCCUCUGAAGAGUCUAGGAGGGACUUUAGAGGUCUGCAAAGGGACAGACAGCACGGACUUGUCCUCCUUGUUGCUGUUAGGGAACGGCGACCUUGAACACAGCCUGCUUGAGGCCGUGGAGGGCCUGGGGAGCCUGAAUCUGGGGGGCGACAGAGGUCCUGUUCCCAUGUUACCUGAGAAGAGAAGAGGAGAGAUGGGCUCUCGCUCCCCGUCUCUCAGUGGCUUCUCCAGUCCUCACAGCAGCAGCAGCCUCAGCAUCACUUUUUCACCUUCGAUGACCUCUGACCCCCUUAGAGGACUCAGCGGCGCCCCCUCUCCGGGAGCAGACUUCAGCAGUAAGCAGGACACUGUGAAGUUUGUUCAGGACACUUCCAAGUUCUGGUACAAGCCCGACAUUUCCAGAGACCAAGCCAUCGCCGUGCUGAAGGACAAAGAGCCGGGCUCAUUCAUCGUCAGGGACAGCCACUCCUUCCGCGGGGCGUACGGGCUGGCCAUGAAGGUGGCCACUCCCCCUCCAACGGUGGUGCAGCACAGUAAAAAAGGAGGAGAUCUGUCCAACGAGCUGGUGAGACACUUCCUGAUAGAGUGCACGCCAAAGGGCGUCCGCCUGAAAGGCUGCCCCAAUGAGCCCUACUUUGGAAGCCUCACGGCCCUGGUGUGUCAGCACUCCAUCACUCCUCUGGCACUGCCCUGCAGACUCAUCCUGCCUGACAGAGACCCGGUGGAGGAGAUCAGUGACUCUCCAACACAAACUGCAACAAACUCAGCUGCUGAACUUCUGAAGCAAGGAGCAGCAUGUAACGUGUGGUACCUGGGCUCCGUGGAGCUGGAGUCCCUGACGGGGCAUCAGGCGGUGCAGAAGGCCACCACGGUGACCCUCUCCAUGGACCCCCCGCCGCCCUCCACCGUGGUCCACUUCAAAGUGUCGGCUCAGGGGAUCACGCUGACGGACAACCAGAGGAAGCUGUUCUUCAGGAGACACUACGCCGUCAACACGGUCAUCUUCUGCUCCCUGGACCCCCAGGGGAGGAAGUGGACACGAGGCAGCGGAUCAACAGCAAAGAUAUUUGGAUUUGUUGCCAGGAAAUCCCAGAGUGACACUGAGAACAUGUGCCAUCUCUUUGCCGAGCACGACCCGGAGCAGCCAGCAAGCGCCAUCGUCAACUUUGUCUCUAAGGUCAUGAUUGGCUCCCAUAAAAAGUGAGGUUGAAGCCAAAAACUGCUUAGGGAUCGACUGAGACAUUGUUUAUGGAAAGACAAACACCAGACCUUCAGAGUUUGUUACUCCUCCAGAGAAUUGACUGCAUUUCUUCUUGCUGCCACCAGAGGGGGCCUGACAUGUAAAACUUUCAUAUCAGAAAGAUUUUUUUGUUUCACAAAAUGUAAAUACAAAUACAGAAACUUUUUUUAAUGCAAGUCUGUUAACUCCAGACCAUACAUAAUGUCACAAAGAAUCUAUUCUUCAAAAAUGACUCCUUUCAAUUAAACGUGCAAUUGAGAGUUUCCGUCCAGUAACCAUAAGCAGGAUAAAAAUUUAUUUUUCUCUGUAUGUAACAAGAAUUACGUGAAUUAAAAAAUGUAUUGAUGUAUUUAUCACCUAUAACAGAUGUGUACAACUCAAAUAUGACUCCCAUAUAUUUUUGUACAUUUACACAUACUGUAAAUUCUGAUAAAAGAGAAGCUUGUGCAUAGUCUAUCUAAAGGUGUGUGCUUUACUAAUAUAGUGGUCAAUACUUUCCUCUACUUUAAUCUAGAGUUGUUUUUAUCCUUUUCUUUGAUGUUUAUCUCGUUUUUUUCUGUUUGCACACUUAUAAAUUAAUGCAUUACCUCAAAAUAUAUGAAGUUCUCUUAUUAAAGGGUCUUUCUGAAACUCUUUCCCAGGGAAACACAAACCACUUUCGCUUUCAUCCUCCACUUCUCUUCCAAUUCAGCCUCAAUAGUUUUCAAGAGUAUAGUGGGGCAUUUUUUUGUCAUAUAUAUCUAUUUAGAUCUAUUAUAUCUACAAUGACUUCCUCAUCUUUUUGUUGAACACUUAUACAUCUGGUUCCCUAUUGGACUUUAUUGCAGGGGCGGAGCUACAGGGGGCAUCAGCAAGCUCACUUCCUCCCUAAUUUUGAGUCAAUGUUACCAUAAUUAUUGAAAAAGAUUUAGAAAUCAUCAAUUCAAGUUUCUUUUUGCAUUAAAAAAAUAACAAGCAAUAUUUUUAAUUAAAUCUCGAGCCCCUCAAAUUAUUUGCUACGUCCCCCGAUAUCAAAUGUCAGCCCAUCACCCUGGCCUUCGCCAAAAUCCGUUCUGUUUCUUUGCUAUGACAAGAGGACUUUCUUAUUUUCUGGAAAACUCAUAGUAAUAAAAAAACUGAAAUGGGUGUUUUGGCCUUCCACUCUCAUUUGUCACCCUUCCAAAGUCCUCUGCCCCCCUCUCGCCCCGCCAUGUAAAAUGUUCUAGCUCCGCCCCUGCUUGGUUGCAUUUCACAUCUGUUCUUACUGGGUUCUUAUUUUUAUCUCCAGUCAAAUAUGGAGUGCUUAACAGUUCACUCUUCAAAAUGGUCUGGCUCAAGAAAACGGAACAGGGGGAAAGUAUUAUCACAGUAUUUAUUUGAGGGUCCAAGUGCAGGAGAACUCUGAAAAACUUUCAGAUCAGAAUUUUGAGCUUCUCUUUUGCUGUCAGCUCUGAUUUAAUCAACAGCUUUAAAAAAAAUAAUAAAAUAAAAAAAUUGGAACCAAGUCAGUUCGCAAUGUAACCACUAGAUGGCUUGCUUUACAAGCACAUAUGUCUUUAUUUACUCUGUUUGUCAGUCCAACUUCACAAUAGAAAUAAAAGAAAAAUAUUUAUUAGCAUUUCAUCACUUCUGUUGCUAAAUUGAACUACUUUGUUUUUUCAUUUUCAAAUAUGUGGGCGUGGCCUCCUAAUGAAUGUAGUUAAAUCACCAAAAGCACUAAAAGUGACACCAACGUGAAAGAAAAACAUCAGAAAUGUGUAAUGUGGUAUAUCUAUGGUACAUCUCACUUCAUUUUCAUGUUUAACAGUGGCUCAGCAACUUGAAGGUCGUAAGGUCAAAUCCAUGCCCGAGUCAUACCAAAUUCUCCCAAAAUGGGACCCUUGCUUGACACUCAGCAUUAAGGAGUUGGACUGGGAUGGUUAAAUCAUCAAAUGGUUCCAGAGUGCAGCUGUGUCUGCAGUUCACCACUCCCAAAAGGGAUGGGUCAAAUUUGGAGAACAACAUAUCAUAAUGCGUGACAACUGAUGGGACUUUAACUAUUUCUUAUGGGUUAAAAUGGCCUCACAGAACAUUGGCUCUUUAUUUGUUUAUCAUUUUGGAAGGGUACGGGUUAGAUGAUGUAAUUCGAGAGUAAAAAUUCUGGUCAAAACUAACUAAAGGCUUACUGUAUGUCCAACAUUUGGAAUCCCUGGUGUACUUGUUCAGGAUGGCAGCUUGAAAAUAUGACCUUUUUCUUGACAAAUGUGUCACUUUUAUCUAAUUUCAAGGGGUGAUUUUUGUUUUUAAUGAGGUAUUCCAGACCCACAUUUCCAAAUUUCUAUGUUCAAUAUGUACUAAUAAAACUCAAUAAGUGCUACAUGUAGAUUAAUGCUUGUUGUAUAUUUGAUGUAGUUUCCAGUUUUGCCACUAGAUGGCGAUUAUCAGCCACACAUUGUUUUUGUUUUUUUUUGUUUUUUUUUCUGGACACAAAACUUUCAAGUCUGAAUGACUUUGUUUGCUGCCCCCUGUUGCUUUUGUUUUAAGCUGCACGGAAAGAGUUGCUCUCCUGAAUGGAUGUGCAUAAAUCUGGGAAGGGGACAAUGGGAAUGUUCUGGAGCAGCAACCCAUGGCGGGCCGUGCAGGUGCCGUCCAGACUGACGGCUGUCUGUCCCGUGAUGGUCAGAUAGCAGCUCCUGAAUGAGGCUUCAUUCAGCGGGGGGGAGAGGAGUGUAGGGGCGACUGGAAGUGGGACAGAGACAUGGGGGGGGCACUGCUGUCCUGCUUGGCCUGGUGGUGGUGGUGAAGGUGGGGGGGGUAGCCAAAGGGUGGGGGAUGCAGUGAUGGUGUGUGUGUGUCUUCAUAGAGGGAGGGGGUGGCUGUCGGUGGUGGAUGACCUCACCCUAACGGGAAACUUUCCCACAGCCUGCACACAAAGAAGGCCGUCAAAAGGUAAAAAGGAUGAGAAAGAAUAGAAAUUUAACACAGUGUGUUAAAAAAAAAAAAAAAA